AUGGAAAAAUCUAUACAUACACGUAAGUCAAAUUCUGUUACAUCAAAAGGAUAUCUUAAGAGAUAUGUUGAGAAUAAUAAAAAUUAUUGUACAUUAUAUAAAUGUACCAAAAUAGGACAAUAUAGAAAUAGGAAAAAUAUUCUUUUGAAAUGUGGGAGAUUUUUUAGAUUACCAUUAUGUUUAGUAAUAUAUAUAAUUUUAAUGAGUCAAUUUAUAAACAAUAUCAACUGUACUUCCGUUUUAUCGUCAUGUAAUGAGGAUGAAAAAAAUUCAUGUAAAAAUACAAAGGAAAUUUGUUUUGAGAGUAAAGAUGAUAAUAUAUCAAAUAAAUUAUAUGAAGAAAAUAAAAGAUCAUCAAAUGGAGAAUACUCAAAUAAUCCAUUGUUAGAUUAUAAUUUUAAGUUAUUUAAUUAUCAUGAUAUGUUAUAUAAUGGUAUAUUAGAAAAGGAAUUAUCAGAAGAAUUUGAUUUAAUAUCUUUUGAUAAUACAACAUAUCCAUUUGUAAAAAAUGAAAAAGAUAAAGAAAUAAUGAAUGAAAUUAAAUUGUUAAGGAUGAAUGAAGGUGAAAAUAAAAAGGAACAUAUGAAAAAUAUAUGGACUGAUUUCAUAAGAAAUGAAUUAAAAAAUUUUCUUUUUUUAAAAAAGGAAAUGAGUACUUUAUUUGAAGAAUUAAAAAAUGCGUACAAUAUUAAAGAUGAGUAUGUUAAUAAGAUAAUGAAUGAAUGUCUUGAUUUAAUUGAAACAAGUGGAAUGAAUAUGUAUACUAAUUUAAAUUAUGCUUUUUAUAAAUGGCAUAAUAAAAAAAAAGUGUUAGAUAUGAAUGAAUAUAUUUUAUUUGUAUGUGGAAUUAAAUUAAUAUGGAUGAAAUUAUUUUCAUCCCUUGAAAUGUCAUGUAAAGAUAUAUUAAAAAAAACUUUUGAAGGAAAAAAAAAUGGAAAGACUUUAUAUACAAAAUGUUGUUCAGAUAAAUAUAAAAGUUUUUUUAAAGAUAUUAAUAAAAAAUCAUUUUCAAAGAAAUGUGAAAAUGAUGGAAAUAAUAAUGAUAGUUUUUCACUUAUAAAUCAUUUAAAUACUUUGUUAAAUGAAUUAGAUCAUUUAAUAACUUUGAAUGAAACGAAUAAUGAUUAUUAUACAUUACAUGGAUAUUCAUCUAAUAAACGAGUAGAACUGAUUGAUAUAUUUCGAUUAUUAUAUAAAAUGAAUACAUCAGAAAUGUUUACUUGGUUAUUAUAUAAUUUUUUUGGAUUUUCCAAAAAUGUUCGACAAUAUUUAUAUAAAAUAUAA